AUGAUCAACACUGGGACACAGUGGACAGAUUCGACCAUAGCACCGUCAACUUCAGGCCUUCGUCGAGGCUUUCAACAAUUGAUUGCUGCCCGCCGUCGAAAUGCCAUUGUGCCAGGUUCACUGACAUUUGACACGUUAGAGUCUCCGCGGUCACCACUUGUGUUUCUUAGUCUCGAGAAUCGUCGGGCUCUUAUUGAACGUCAAAACCAAGAACAACAAUACCAAUCAAAUGGAAAACCAGUCUCAAGCAUAGCAACCGAGCCUUAG